AUGGGCGAUAAUAUCCCGGACGACGAUUCUGUCCUACAGAUUGAGGCUGAAGCCCCCUUACCACCCACCCCCAACGACGGCUACCACUCCCACCACCGACCUCACACCCCGAGGCGUCCCACCCGACGGACCGAAGCCUACCCUCUGACUCACUCCUCUGUCAUCACCGACCCUCCCAAGUCCACCAUGCUUGCCACCAACGAUCGAUCAUCCUCUAAAUGGACUUGGACCAUUCUCGAUCUCUCCGGGGCUCACUACGAUACCUGGAAGACCGACCUUUAUCUUGUCGCUGCUACGGAAUACACUGUUGAUCUCCGACCGUUGUUCGACUACGACAGCCGCAACGCUACCGAUAUGGCUGCUGCUCAAUUUGCGACAUCCCAGAAAGAAACUGGCGCAUACCAAUGCGCCCAUCAGAUUCUCCUCCGCUCGUUAUCCGUAGCUUUACGUACGUUUCUCCGAAACGACAUAUUGCUUGGUCACCCGUGGCUCCUCCUUAACACUCUUAUACGACGAUUCAAACAUCACCCAGCGAAGGACCGCAAGCACAUCACUCACACUUACCUCCGCCGUUUUCGCCGCAAGGAUGACGAAGCCUUGCGCGAAUGGGCAUUUCGCUGCAAAACUCUAAUCAGCAGUGCCAAGGAACAGGGUACUAUAUUCUCAGCAGACUACACUCACAAUGUUUUACUCUCUGGCCUCCCGGACGCCUAUCCAGAGCAAACCAAAGGAUACCUCCUAGGUCAUUCUACAGCUACCCGCCGCACCAUUACAAUACAGGACCUAUGUCUCUACGAAGAGGAGUGGGAAACCAUGAAUAACAUUCGUCCCCCACGCGUCAACUAGCUUACUACCCCUACCGUCAACCCCUUGGAUACCAAGCUUGAGGCACUGAUCAAGCAUGUCAACGCUAUGACCAUUACGCCUACAGCUCCCGCACCUUAACAGUUCCAAUGCUAUGUCUGCCGGUCGUCCCAACACCAUUCCGGACGCUGUAUGAAAGCAUGCGGAAAGUGUAGAGACAAGCAACACACAGCCCAAGACUGCAAAACAACUCCGAUACUCUGUACUAACUGUAAUAGACUGAACCACCUUACUGUGGUCUGUAGUCGGCGAAGCCUAAAACUAAAUUUUCCUUAUAUUGCGCACCAAUCUACCACUAGCCGCGUCCGAGACUAUACGAGAUAUCACAUGGAUUCGGAAUAUCAUCAAUGCCAUGGGACUCGCUGUCUCUUCCUCGACUAACCUCUACGUUGAAAACCAGUCAGCUAUCAAGGUCGCCCUUGGCACCGGCACUGCUAAGGGUCUCAAACACAUCGCAGUACAAGCCCAUUACAUCCGCGACUGUGCCAAGUCUUGCAUGAUUACAUUAAGCUAUGUCAGCACCCACCUCAACCCAGCUGACCUCCUCACAAAAUGCCUUGCAAAACCCAAACACGAAUAUUUUACACAAACACUUCUCCGAGACCAUAUUUCUCCAGCUCCAACACAUCAACCCUGAUUUUGGUUUAUGGGGCCAGGUUAACCUUCCCGUUUUGAUUCCG